AUGGUAAAGCGUAAAAUCGAUAUCGUUGGAGAAGAAGGAGCCAUUCCGCGCAGGUCAGCAAGGGCUACAAAGAAGGCAAAAGUGAUUGUCUUUGAGGACCCCGCAAGUGAAGAGGUAGAAAUAAAGGCGGUUCAGGUGAAUAGUGAAUUCACAGAGUCGUCAAAGAAGAAAGAAAAAGUCAAAGCUUCCCCUCGAGAUAUUAUUGACCUUUCGAGCCUUCCGCAACGCGUAUCAAGCAAUUGGAAAGUAGGAGCCCACGUAUCUGCUGCUGGUGGCAUCGAGAAUACUGUGCUGAAUGCAGCCAAAAUCGGCGCUAAUGCAUUCGCCCUUUUCUUAAAAUCCCAAAGGAAAUGGAUUUCACCACCGUUAACAGAAUCGAGCAUAUCAUUGUUCAAGUCGCGUAUGAAAGAGCUUUCGUAUAAUCCGAAACAUAUCCUCCCGCAUGGAAGUUAUCUGAUAAAUUUAGGGAAUCCAGAUGAUGAGAAGAGGGAAAAAUCCUACGAAUGUUUUUUGGAUGAUUUGAAGAGAUGUGAUGCGCUUGGACUGGAAUUGUAUAAUUUUCACCCAGGAUCCAGUCUCGGAAUUGUCGAACCCUCAGUAUCUAUGGCCCACAUCGCGGACUGCAUCAACCGAUCGCAUGGGGACACAUCGGGAUCAAAAGUGGUAGUUGUGUUAGAAAACAUGGCAGGUUCAGGAAACAUAAUCGGUUCAGAUUUUGUGCAGUUGGGAGAAAUUAUAAGCCAGGUCAAUGACAAGACUCGUGUGGGUGUUUGUCUGGAUACUUGUCAUAUGUUCGCUGCGGGAUAUGAUAUCCGUACGGAACAAGGAUGGAAUUCUACAGUGGAAUUGUUUAACGCUCAAGUCGGCCUCAAAUACCUUCGGGGUAUGCACUUGAACGAUUCCAAAACGGAAUGUGGCUCGAAAAAGGAUAGACAUGAUAAUAUUGGAGUUGGACACCUUUCAAUACGAACAUUCGCUCAUAUCCUUGCCGAUCCUCGAGUGCAAGAUAUACCUUUGAUCCUUGAGACUCCAAGUCACGAAGAAUCGAGCAAGAAUUGGGACGUCUGGGCUAAGGAGAUUGAAGUCCUGAAUCUCCUUAGCACGAGUUCAAUUCCUAACACGAAUGCGGCCUCGGAUGCUCUUCCUUCUCGCCAUGACACCACAAACAGUAUAGAAAAUGCAGAAAACCCACGGGGUGGCACAAACGGCGCACAUAAAUUGAAAUUGGAUUCAUUGGCUCAAAGUAUUAAGGACGCGAUCACAACUGCGGAGACUACCGGGAGAAGGAAGAAGGCAACGAAUGCGUCUGCUUCUCGCGGAGGUAAGAAGUCAAGAAGGGGGAAAAGAAAAGAGGAAGAAGAGGAGGGGGAAAGUGAAUAGGCAAAAAUUUGAAGAAAUGUCAGUGAUAACCAGUUCACCGUUUGUUUAUCCCGAAAAUAGCUUGUGGGACAGAUGACCUGGGUACAAAAGAUCAGAGGUAGUCGAUGAUCCAUCAUAGAAGAUGCGGUAGUAGUAAGAGCUUUAUGGUAAUUGGAGCAAGGUCGAUGCUUAUCCAGGAUUUUCCCCGCGUUACGAGAA